AUGCCAAGUCCGGCCAAGUCCCCGGUAGACGACGCUUAUCAGCGCGUUGAGACGCCUCGGCACAAGCCUGCAACCAGCAGCGAGUCCGACCUCUCCGCGUCCAAGAAGGAGCCGAGUCUGCGCCGCCAGAUCGUGCACGGCGGCCCCACGAGCUUCAAGUUCACGCACUUGUACCGCUACGCCACUCCACUGGACAAAGUGCUGCUAGUAGUGGGCGUCAUUACAGCGGGGGCCAAUGGUGCACUCUUCCCGCUCAUGGCCAUCGUCUUCGGUGACGUUCUUACGGGCUUCAGCAGCAUCCCCGUGGAUAUGGAUACAGUGAACAAGGCAGCGCUAGACUUCUUCCUCAUCGCUGUAGCCAUGUUCUUUACAGACUAUCUGAGCUACGUGACGUUCUAUUACAGUGCCGAGAGACAGAUGAAAGCUCUGAGGAGCGAGGCACUCAAGCACAUGCUGUAUUUGGACAUUAGUUGGUACGAUGAGAACGACGCUCUGCAACUGUCAAGUCGCUUGACGGGCGACACGGUCAAGAUUAAGGACGGGAUGGGUCAGAAACUCGGAGACUCGUUCCGGUUCACUGUGCAAUUCGUUGUGGGCUUUGUCAUCGGCUUUGAAGCUGAGCGACGGGAGACUGAAACCAAACUUGAAAAAACGAAUCUGUCACGUACGUUGAGUGGAGUCUCGACAAAGACGGAUAUCUCUGUGAGUACAGUGGAGAAAAACUUCUUGGCCAAACAGCCGUUCACUCUCAUGGACAUCGCGCGGUUGUGUAAGCCUGAAAAGAACUAUUUCAUUGUUGGAUUGAUUGGUGCGUGCGUCGGUGGUAUCGCGAUGCCAGCGUCUGCUCUGUUGAUCACGGGAAUGAUCACGUCGAUGACAGAAAAGUACGCAAUGUACGAGAACACUGGGGAUAGAUCCUAUUUAAGCGACCUGUACGACAACGUGGAGCUUUACGGCAUCUUAUACCUCGUUGGGGCUGCUGUGAUUGCGAUCUUCAUGUACAUGCAGACCUACUGCUUCAAGUUUAUCGAGGAGAAGACUACGACACGUCUACGUAACACGAACUUUGAAGGACUCUGUCGCCAGAACGUCGGGUUCUUCGACGAGAAGGAGAACGCCACAGGUGCGCUGACUGCCGACCUUGCUACAAACGCUACCAAGGUCGCAUUGUUGUCGGGUGACUCGCAAGCUCGUGUGUUCCAGGCCAUCUUCACGUUGGUCGCAGCAUUGGUGAUCUCUUUUGGAUUUGGUAGCUGGUUGCUAUCGCUGAUCAUGCUGGCCAUUAUGCCGUUCUUGCUGUUUGGCCAUGUGGCUCGAAUGAAACAAAUGCAAGGCGGUGGUUUAAUCUCCGACGACUUGGCUGUACCCGGUGCCCACGCGUCUGAAGUUCUCAGUAAUAUUCGUACUGUUGCCGCUCUGGGUAUCGAGAAGAGAUCUGCUGACGUGUUUGAUGAAUUACUGGAAGAACCGCUCCAGAAAGGUAGCAAGGAAGCACAGAUCAAUGGCGCGUCACUUGGCUUCAGUUCGUUCAUCAUGAUGGCGACCUACUCACUUAUCUUUUGGUAUGGUGCCAAGAAGGUGAAUGAUGGCACGAUUGGAUUUACGGAGAUGAUGCGGACUCUCAUGGCCAUCAUGAUGUCUGUUCAAAUCGUCAGUGGUGCUUCGUCGUUCAUGGGUGAUGCCCCCAAGGCGUUCAAGGCUGGCUCCACUAUCUUCGCGAUUCGAGACCGAGUCACUACAAUCGACUCGUUUAGUCCGGAUGGUCUCCGUUUGGCCAAGAACAUCGCUAUGGGGGGAGACAACGUGACUCGUGAAGAAGCUAUCGAGGCUUGCAAGUUGUCGAACGCACACAACUUCAUCAUGUCACUACCGGAGAACUACGAUACACUGGUCGGUGAGAAGGGUGUGUCUCUGUCUGGAGGUCAGAAGCAACGUGUUGCUAUUGCACGGGCUAUCGUACGUAAGCCGAACAUCUUGGUGCUGGAUGAAGCUACGAGUGCUCUGGACAAUGAAAGUGAGAAGAUCGUUCAGGCUGCUUUGAACAACCUGAUGGCUACAACGAACAUGACGACGCUGGUGAUCGCUCAUCGACUGAGUACAAUUCGUAAUGCUGACAAGAUCGUUGUAUUGAACGAGGGUCACAUUGUGGAGAGCGGCACUCACGAUGAACUGCUGCAGAUUGAGCACGGCAUUUACCAGAACAUGUACCGUAUCCAGGAGUUACGUUCACAAGAGGAACAACAGGAAGCUGAGCGACGGGAGGCUGAAACCAAACUUGAAAAAACGAAGCUGUCGCGAACUUUGAGUGGAGUCUCGACAAAGACGGAUAUCUCUGUGAGCGGCGUAGAGAAGAACUUUUUGGACAAGAAACCAUUCGGCCUGAUGGACAUGCUGAAGCUCAACAAGAUGGAAGUCAAUUAUUUUAUCAUCGGACUGAUCGGCACGUGUGUGGCUGGUAUCUCUAUGCCAGCGUCUGCACUUCUAGUUACGGGGAUGAUCACGUCCAUGACAGAGCAAUACGGACAAUACCAGAGCUCCGGCGACAGCUCUCACUUGACUACGAUGUACAACGACGUGGAAUUGUAUGGCAUUUUGUACCUCGUGGGCGCUGCGGUUGUCGCGAUCUUCACAUUCAUGCAGGUUUACUGCUUUAAGUUCAUGGAGGAGAAGAUCACCACACGGCUACGUAACACGAAUUUCGAGGGUUUAUGCCGUCAAAAUGUCGGCUUCUUCGACGAAAAGGAGAACGCGACGGGUGCGUUGACUGCUGACCUGGCCACAAACCCCACCAAGGUGUCGCUAUUGUCUGGAGAAUCGCAGUCUCGGGCCUUUCAGGCUGUCUUUACUUUGAUUGCAGCUCUGGUGAUCUCGUUUGGUUUCGGUAGUUGGCUGUUGUCCCUGAUCAUGCUGGCUCUGCUUCCAUUCCUGCUCUUUGGACAUAUCGUGCGUAUGAAGCAGAUGGAGAGCAGUGGUUUGAUCUCCGAUGACUUGGCUAUCCCCGGUGCCCAUGCGUCAGAAGUUCUCAGUAACAUCCGCACGGUAGCUGCUCUUGGCAUUGAGAAGAAGUCGGUGGAUGUCUUUGAUGAACUCCUAGCAGAGCCACUUCGUAAGGGCAGCAAGGAAGCUCAGGUGAACGGGCUAUCACUUGGCUUUAGCUCCUUUAUCAUGAUGGCUACAUAUGCACUCAUCUUCUGGUAUGGCGCCAAGAAGAUCGACGAUGGAUCGAUUGGAUUCACGGAGAUGAUGCGAACGUUGAUGGCCAUCACGAUGUCCAUUCAGAUUGUUAGCAGUGCUUCCACCUUCCUCGGUGACGCCCCCAAGGCGUUCAAAGCUGGCUCCACUAUCUUCGCGAUUCGAGACCGUAUCGCCCCCAUCGACUCGUUUAGUCCGGAUGGUCUCCGUUUGGCUAAGGUCGAGGGUCGUCUUGAGUUCAGAGAUAUCUCGUUCAGAUACCCUACUCGUCCUGAGAUCAACGUGCUUAAGCACUACAAUCUCACUAUUGAGGCUGGUCAGACCGUCGCCUUCUGUGGCCCCAGUGGUGGUGGCAAGAGCACUAUCAUCUCGCUCAUCGAGCGCUUCUACGACCCCGUGGCUGGUGAGGUGUUACUGGACGGCCACAACAUCAAGGACCUGAACCUGGGUUGGCUGCGUAGUCAGAUUGGUCUGGUGGGUCAGGAGCCCACGCUGUUCAUCGGAACCAUCGCUGAGAACAUCUCGUACGGCUUGGCAGAGCAGCCGAGUCAGCAACAGAUCGAGGAAGCUGCCAAGAUGGCCAACGCGCACGAUUUCAUCACGCAGUUCCCGGACGGCUACGACACUCAGGUGGGUAUGAAGGGUGAGCAGUUGUCGGGAGGCCAGAAGCAGCGUAUUGCCAUUGCUCGAGCUAUUCUGAAGAAUCCGGACAUCUUGCUACUGGAUGAAGCCACGAGUGCUCUGGACUCGGAGAGCGAGAAGGUGGUGCAGGAGGCUCUGGAUAAAGAAGAAGAAUUUUCGAAGUUGGAUGGUGAAAUUUUGGGAAAUUUUGUAUUGAAACUUGAGAUGGACGGAGUCGACGUGUUGGGGCGUUAUUGCUGGGUGGCUGCACAAGCACCAACGUCGCCUGUGUACCCGCCAGAGUAUGCUGGGAAACUUCGCGUUAACUUUUGCUCGGAGGACUGGUAA